AAACAGAAAAAAAAAAGGCGCCAGAAAAACAAAUUUAAAGUGGGGGCAGGGCAGGGCCCGAACGCGGGGCCAGAGCAGGUGACCCCAGUGCAGCCCCAGUCGGAGCUCUCGGGGGCGCUGCGGGCCCGGAUGGAGGAGCGGCUCCAGUCUGCCCGUUUCCGCUACAUCAAUCAGCAGCUCUACACAUCCAGCAGUCAGGAGGCAGCCCAGUUCUUCCAGCAGGACCCCGAGGCCUUCGCCAUCUAUCACCGCGGCUUCUCCCAGCAGGUGGGACGCUGGCCCGAAAACCCGGUUCACCGCAUUAUCCAGUUGGGGCCAGCCUCGCUGGUGGUGGCAGAUUUUGGGUGUGGCGACUGCAAGAUUGCGACCAGUGUCAGGAACAAGGUGCACUCGUUCGACCUGGUGGCCCUGAACCCCUGCGUCACGGUGUGUGACAUGGCUAAGGUGCCGCUGGCUGACGAGUCCGUGGACGUUGCCGUGUUCUGCCUGGCACUGAUGGGCACCAACCUGCGAGAGAUUCUGGAAGAGGCCAACCGGGUGCUGAAGCCAGGGGGUGUACUGAAGUUGGCAGAGGUGGCCAGCCGCUUCGUAGACAUCCAGGGCGUUCUUAAUGACAUCUCAGGGAUGGACGCUCGAACAAGUUCAGAAUGGAGACGGAAGUUUGAGAACAGCCUUCUAUUUCUGAAGGAUGUGAACUUUCCGAAACUGCAGAUUCGAUUGUUGAUGACUCCUUUUGUUGUGUUUCAUUUUCUUCAACUUCUUUCGCUGAAUUCAAAUGUAGCAAUAGAUUUUGUUUUUCGAGUCCUCGAGCAAUAUCAAGGAGCCUUUUCUUUGCCUUUAGUAUUUCCCUUGAGCAGCAGCCACUUGUUCACGGUAAGAUUAAAAAACGAGAAGCCAAUCAAUUAUCGCAAAUGUUGA